CGUAAAAUGCUGCAUUUGUCGUAAAUAAAGUGUAGGUGUCCAACACAAACAUUACAACAAGCAAUGAUACGGAUAUAAAUUUAAAAAAAAUAACCACAUGUUAACUUGGGCGUCGACAGUUAGUUCGUAUUGUCCAUAAACAGGUUUCUGAAGACCAUGGCGGCGUCUUCUUCGUCCUCUUCUGCGGGAGGUGUGAGCGGCAGCUCGGUGACUGGCUCUGGAUUCAGUGCUUCAGAGCUCAUCCCACCAAGGAAGGUCCUGUACACAUAUCCUAAAGGUGCAGGUGAAAUGAUGGAAGACGGCUCUGACAGAUUUUUAUGCGAAUCCGUGUUCAGCUACCAAGUGGCCUCCACGUUGAAACAGGUGAAACACGAUCAACAAGUGUCCCGAAUGGAGAAACUUGCAAGUUUAGUGGAGGAGCUGGAAGCAGACGAGUGGCGUUACAAACCGAUUGAACAACUGUUGGGAUUUACGCCAUCUUAAAUAAAGGGAUUCUGAUGCCAUUGCAUCAUAAACCAGCCAAAUAAAAAGGGAAUGUUAUUUGUUAAGUUAAUAAAUCGCAUUCCCUCUUAUGGUUUUUAUUGUUUAUCUUAGUGUAAAAUGUUCUCUGCAGAUAUUAAAAUGUGAAUGUGCCCUCUCUUUCUUGUACGGACAUUGUUUACUUCUUUAUAUUCAUCAGAGAAAGGGCAAAUGAAAAUCUUUGUAUCGUAUGUACUAAGCGUACAUGUAAAUACAUUUCCUUCUGGUUUGGGCGAGUGAAGCAUUGCCAGGCCACCUUCUCUUUGCCUCAGGCAAAACAAAUAAUGUAAUAGAUCCGUUGUUUUUUUCCACUUUGCUGCACCGUAACUCUGAAAACCUGGUGCCUGUUCACUCUCCUCUUCUCUUUGUAGAAUCUCUGGAGAAAACAAAGCUUGUGAAUAAAGUCAUUCUUUGAUA